UUAUAACUUAGUUUUUUUAUUUAUUUUAUAUAUUUAUUUUGCUAAGUUAUAUCAAUAGUGACAAGUCAGUGGCAAUUUAAUAGCAAUUUUAGCAACUUUAACAACGACUAAAAUUGUUAAGAAAACUAAAGACUAACUAGAUCUAAAUUUGAACAUCUUUGAUAAAAUCCACAUUUAAUUUUUUUUAAUGCAUCAUAUAAAAUCAGUCCGACGAAAAGUAUUCUUAACCAACCGUCCCCUCUAUUUCACCCACCUGGAAUAAAUCUCAUCAAAGCGUUGCUUGUUGGAAUCUUGGUAAUUGUCAGAAGGUCACUCGAUAAUCCCAGAAAUCAGGGCUUUUUGGAAGUAAACCAGCAACUACAAGCCAUUUAAGAUGCCACGGUUGUCACGGCGGCCGCUGCAAUCUUUGCAUCCUCAGGCUAAACCGCAGAUUCCCCAGAGGGUUCACAAUUUUAGCUCACACGAUCAGGAGAACCCUGUCCGCUCCCAUGACUCUGCAAUGGAAAUUUCUGGCGAAUCGGAGGAUUCAGCUAUUCUACGAAUGUUCCCUGAUUAUAAAAAAACGACUAAUUACCCGACCCAGAUAACGUUUUGGAGAAAUAAGGCUGUAAAGCUUUACAACGAAAACACAGAAUUAACACAUCAGCGGAAUUUACUACGUCAAAAUUACUACGUUAAUUGACAUCCAGGCCAACAGAAGCAACAUAGAUAACCAUGUUGACGUUCAACCUCAAUCAGGAACAGUUCUGUCUAUUGAAACUCAAACAAGGAAAGAUGUAGCCGAAACUAAUAAGUUCAACUCAUCCUGCCUCCCAAUAGCAGCAGCAGUACAAAGGAAAAGACGAAUUGAAACCCCCCAGUCACCAAAGGGAAAAAAGAAAAAAGAUCGCCGAGAUGAGUACCAUGUUUCAACUUUUACACAUGACGCAUAUGACAUGAAUUACCCAGGGCCAAGCUCAGCAGUCGAUAAUCUCGCCACAAGUCAUACUUCUACGGAAACUGAGACGACUGGCUCCGGAACGCCAACUACGGCACGGCGUCUAGACGUAUUUCUAAAUCGGAUUGACAAAAGGCACACAUUAAGUGUAAAAGGAGGCCCAUCAAGAUUCUGCAGGCUAAGCAACGACGAAAAAAGUAAGAGAAUUGAUUUCAGAAAAAUCACAACCGCAGAAAGCCCAUGGUCAAAGAUAGAUAAAAAUGGAGAUCAAUGGAAAUGCCAGCGGUGCAGAGCAAAAUUUGCAAACCUUCGAGGUUGCCUCUACCACGAAUACUUAAUAUGCAAAGUGAAGUACACAAAGCAACAACUCUCCAAAAAGUCGGUCACCAUAAAAGAAUGCAAAAUAUGUAAAAAAGAAUUUAACAACACAAGGUCCUUAAAAAAUCAUGCUUCUAAACACACGAGUGAGAUCUUCACUUGCCCAAACGGAUGCAAUACAAAUUUGAAGUCACUCGCUAGCUUACAAACUCAUUUGAGCAGGAAUUUUUGCAUGUCUGGAAAUAAUAGCAAAUGUCCAGUUUGUGAAAUGGAAUGUGCUGAUAAGACAAUUAUAUGCCAUUUACAAAGGGGACACAUUCCACACCAUUUAAAAGUAUUUUCUAUGAACGCAAGUAAGAAACCAGUUUUGAGAGAUCAAACAUGGGAUGACCGUUUACACAUCAACAAGGGAGGUUUGCGUGUGCUAUAUGUUUAUCAUAUUUACAAUCCUAUAUCCAAUGAAAUUCGACUAUGUGUCGGUGCAACCAAAUAUUGGGAUGUCAGUAAGGUGGCUUGGGAAGUAGUUAACGUGUGCAUCAAAAACUUGAAAGAAAAUGAGAGAAACCCCACACUUGAGCUUAAAAAAACUGCGUGUUCAGUAAGAAUUUUACUACGUGAAGGGUGGAUUGCAUUACCAGAUCUUGCAUUUAGGCUUCCUAUUUACGUUACCGGAACUGUUGUUGCAGCGAAACUAAGAGCGUUUGAAAGAAAUCAAAUUUCUGACACCAAUGUUAUCAACCCGGACGAUCUGGAUAAACAUAUAAGAGACCACCUAGGAGAAAAUUUAACGAAGAAAAUCAACGAAGUACGAGAACUUUUCAUACCAACCAUUGAGGAGAUAAGGACGACACGUCAGGCAUCCUUUGAUUUUGUUCAAAAUCAAUUCAACAGAAAGGGUGAAAUUGUGAAACAUCAACACCGCAACCCUUUUGAUUUGAACGAGCCUUUCAUUAUUGUUCAUGAAGAUGGUAGAAAUGAAGACAUUAUUUUAAGUGAUAUCAAAGCAAAGUUUCGAAAACAAUAACUAGUCAGUAGUUUUGUCGACAAAAACAAUUCAUGCACGAGUAUAAAUUAGGCGAUUCAUCCCUAUAUUAUAUAUGCUUUAUUAUCUGGUCUUACAAAAACUGAAAUGGUUGUUUAGAAUCAUAAAAUUCUUGUCGGCAUGAAAAAAUAGUUAGACCAAAAAAUUCCAAAACCAGUGGUAUGUAUGUACAGUUUUGCGUAUGACGGGUCCGAACACGUCAUUAGUUAAAUUUAAUUUAGAAUAUAUUAUACGAGUCGAUAAAUAAGUUUCAAAUUAUGUUUUCUUAAAUGGGAAAUGUUCUUGAUUGCAUAAGAAGUGAGGAUUUUAGGGCGUAAAAAGUUGGGAAAAUGACGGAUAGUAAAACGCCGUUUACUACAGGUAGAUUCUCAAGAAGUUAUUUUCCGAUAAUUUUCUUAUGUCGCACAUAAUUAGUUAAAUCGAUUAUGUAUAAAAUAAGGUAAAAACAUGUAGUCACAGAUAAAUAGUUUUAGAGAUUUAUUAAUUAUCAAAUUUGUAGUGUUUUUUCCCAUAAGUAUAUGAUUGGGGACGGAUUUUGGUAGAAUAGUUGGUGGAGGCAAGAACUCGAUUUGUGAUUUAGGUAAUUAUUUAUAUUUACUUGAGUAGUAUACGAUAAGAAAUAGGUGGGCAUUACCGGAGUAAGAUAAUAUCGUAGCUACAGGUCAAAGUUUACAAAUUUUCUGGCAUGAGUUGUAUUUUGGCCACGCCAUCUGUAUGCAAUAUAAGAUUGGGAAGAACGUUGUGCGAGCAUUCGGUCGUUGUUUGAGAUCCAGUAGGCAGUGAGAAAUGUGCUCCUCGUAAUUUAUAUUUAUAUUAUAUUUAUAUUUAAAUUGGUAGAGUCAAGUGUGCUAAUUGUUUGUAUCAAUAUUAAGUUUGAAUGUUAGUAAAUAUCUGUUGUUAAAGAGAAAA